AUGGGCUUUACGUUAGACGAAAUCGUUGACAAGAUCAACCAUUUGCCCGAAAAUGAAAAGCAGCAAGACAAAAGAGACCUAAAAGAGUUUCAAAAGAAAACAGAGGAGGUGGAUGACAACGCAAAGAAGACCAUUUGGACCUUUCGUAGAGCGGCUAAGAAACUAGACGACGUGCAGAGGGACUGCAAGACAGCACAUGCUAUUGGAACCAGCGCUGGAAUAGCGGGAGGCCUUCUUUCAAUCGCUGGAGGAGUUGCUACAUUGAUGACAGCGGGGAUUGCUUCUCCAUUAUUGCUGGCAGGAUUAGUUGUUGGAGGCGCUGGAGCUACUACAAACAUAGGGGCUGCUAUCGUCGAGAAGAUGAUAAAUUCAGCUGAAAUCAAAGAGGCCGAAAAACAAUUGGCGAAGACUAGGGACAGUAUCCACGAGGCAAACAGGAUUGUCCAAAAUGUUUUGAUGGCGAAAGAUGGAAUGAGGCUUAUUUACAUUUAUUACCUUGCCGAAACCCUGAAGUUGGGAAGUCCUCUGGUCUUGAAGAUCCUUCGUGAGCUGGUGUCUUUAUGUCCCGUAGAAACAUCUACUAAAAUGGUACUAAAAGUAGCAGAAAAGUUAAUGACCUGUUUUCAGGAAAUUGGUCUGGUCAGUGCAAAAGCUGCAACCCAAGCUGGUGUUAAAGGAGCGGGAAAGGCAGCUGGGCAAUCUGCUGAUGAUGUGGUACAAGCAACGAUUCAGGCUGGAGCACAAUCUUCUGAUGACAUAUUACAAGCAGGGGCUACAGAGGGCGCUAAGGCAUUCCGUGAAACUAUCGGUAAAGUCGCCAUUGGUGUUAAUGUUGUGUUCUUGAUAUUUGAUGCCAUAGACCUUGGCUUCACCAUCAGGGAUCUCGUUGAAGAAAGGGGAUCUGAAGCUGCAGAAGUCUUGAGGCAAAAGGCGGACGAAAUUGAGAAUGCCAUGAAGCAAUAAAAGUCAACAAAGUGAAAGAACUCGAAACGAUUUUCAGUUAAAAAUAACAUUACUUUACCUUAGCGUGAACAUUUUUCACCAUGCAGUUAGUUGCAUUUGGCCAUUUUUAUGAGGACGUUACAUCUUAGGACUGCAUUAACGACAUAUCGCAAGUUUUCUUUUUGAUGUGGCCUCUUUUGAUUUUCAGAGAGAUAAGAAAAGGAUGUUUCAUUUUGAUGUAUGCAAUAAAAAGGAACGUAAUAAAAUACUUAGAUAUUUUAAAGUAAGUAACUUCUGAGGUAAUUUGGGUUGACGCCUGCAUGUAAAGCAAAAUUAUUUAGUGCUUUCCUUUCAGUGGGGAGAAAGACCAUUUUAACAUUCUAUCUACGUUCCCAGUUUAGUGAGGGACUGCGGCUCAGCUUCAAGGAAAUCCCUAAAUACCCGAACGCAAUGACCCUUGUUAGAAACGUUUGGAACGCGGAUUAUGAUAUAAUUGCAGGCCCACUUUUUCAGUUUUAUGUCUGUUAUUGCAAUCAUGAUGCAGAGUCCAAAUUCAUUUAAAAUUCUUUGACUUUAUCCGACAAUGAUUCGUUGGCUAUUUUGCGAGACAGUUCAACGGAUUUUCAUGAAAUGUUUGGCAGGCAUCUGGGCCACGAUAGUCCCCACCACAAGAGAGGCGACCACGUGGUCAGGAUACGCCUGCUCGUAUUCCAUCUUUAUCUUAAUCAUUUUUCUCUCGUUUGGCGUGGCUUUUUGGGGGCUCCGCCUUCUUGGAACAUUUUCACCUUAUUUCUUCCGUGAUAGUCAUUUGAGGCCCGCUGGGCUUGCUCUUAGAAGAAGCCGGUGUUCUCCAUGACUGCAUAUAUUUAAAAUAGAUGAGUAAAACGCGAUGAAGGUUGUACCCAUUUUCGAGGGUUAUUUCUAUUCAAAGAUUGGAACACCUGGAAAUAUUUCAAAUCUUUACGCAGAGCUAAAAAAGUCGGCAUAUCUCACGUAAGCGUAAAAUCGACUCCUGAACAGCACAAAAAUCUAUGAGUUUUUCUAUGAAAUUAAAAGAAACUUUCCUUCUAUCCUCGAAGUUUUAAGGUUUUCUUUUGGAUCUCCAGAUAGCGAUUUGGCAGUAAUUUUAAUACUGUACGGGAAGUGCUUCGUAGGACUGUGAGUUUAGGAUCUGCUUCCCAGCUACCUCUCCCACAAACCUCCUCCCUCUCGGCCCCUCCUCACGAAUCCUUAACCUCGCACACUCCCUAUUCUUUUCACCUUCACUCUAUUUACCUCCCGACCCCCACACCCCCUUUUUUCCUCUUGAGUUAACAAAGUUGAAUGAAGAGGUAGGCAAAGCAACUCGAGGAUUUACUCAAGAAGUGAAACAGGCAAGGAACUCUGAUGAAUAGACGUAAAUACGACUCUUUCAAAAUAAGAAACAUUCAAUUAUUGACUCUCAGUUUCAGUAUAGUGAUGAAAUGUUCUUAAAUUACUUCAAAACAAAACACUAUCAGUAAACGUACAGUCAUGUAAAGAGAUGCAAAUGAUGAAAUCAAUGUCAUUAAGUCUCAAAGCUUUUUUGUACUAACUGCAUAGAGAACCUUUGCGAAGAACCCAGUCCUUUUCGAGCCGUCCAAAGAUUUCCGAAGGUUUUCCACUUAUUUCGUAAGCCGUUCCGAAUAUUUCAAAGGUGUCCUGGUGAGCCUACGCCAAAUUGUCAGAAGUAAUCUCCCCUCCAUAUGCGAAGGUUUCCAUCAGUUGUAUGGUGUGUUUUCCGUUAAGAUCUUAUUGAUUGGAAUUUCUCUUGAUUCUCCGUACAUUUCUUGAAAACUGCGUCAAUUAAGGCUGGGAUAGCUCGAGUUUUUAUCUCUAGACGUACUGGCUUGGUCAGCUGCCAUAAGCUGACAUGAUGUAGGAAUCUUUACUCCUUUAAUUCCCAAGACUGAUUAUUAAUUCUCCCCUUUAGCAGCUCAACAUUUCCUUGUAAAUUAGUGAUGAGAAGUUGGUGCUAGAUCAAGAUAGCAGCUUCUACCUGAUGAGAUUGAAUAUUCUCAUUACCUGUUUGCUGAUUAAUGUAUGGAUGUUAUGGGGAGAAGUUUCAUGUAAAUCACGUCUAGAGUUAAAGGGUUAACCGCAUGCGUGAGGCCAGUUGACAGACCUAAUAUUGUAAGUAACUGAAUAACAAAGAAUGUAAACAAAAAUGCUCAAUCAGUGCUUUGCAUUUUACAAAUUUGAAAUUCUCAAAGUUUUUAGCAAAACAUAACUUCAAAAUGACAUAAAAACGGUCAAAAGCCCAGAAAGACCGCUGCAAGAGAUGUGGGUAACACUAGUUUAAAGAACUUUAGUUUUUCACCUUUGAAAGGUUUUGUAAUGAUUGCAGAUCACAUGUAUAUUCAUUAUAACAACCCAGAAACGAAGGGAUAAUUCAAUAACGUCGCUGUUUUCACAGUUAAGAGAGACUUACGUUAUGUUGAUUGUAGAUAUUUCUUUUCCAGCAAGGAUUAAAAUUUAAAAACUUCUCUUGUUAUUCCUGGUUAUUAUUGACAAAGAUUAUCCAGUCUCCUCGGUUGAACGUAGAUAUUUAUUUCUUAUCGUAAAAGCGAGAACAUUACAAAGCGUCUACACUCUCCGACAUUUUUCUCGAUAUCACCCGCCAAGGUGAAAGUACUUGCAAAGGACCGCCAAGUGGGUUAAGUACCAGCGAACAACUAUUAUUUAAGUGUGAUGGUUUUGACUGAAUUUCCGGGUGAGUGUAGUCAUUAGAGUUGCGGUGUCGUUUGUUUUGGUAGUUGUUGUAAGUCGAUGAGUGCAUCGUCGGAUGAAGUUUUCAUUUUAGUUGUUCUUCGAAAGAACACGGUUAAGGUAUUUGUUCUCGUCGAAUAAGCUACAACCACAGCGACCACACCGUACAUAAAGGGCAUCAGUUGGAGAACAUCUAGCGCAUAUUACAACCCUUCAGUAUCCGCGUCGCUCACAUGCUCAUCACUACACUUCGUCAGUUACUUAUGUUACUCGCUCCGUUCCAUGUUAAAACUGACAACCUUUACCCAUUACGAAAUUAUUAUAAGUUAUACAAAGUGCGGUGCUCGUGCUAAUUGCAUGGGUGUGCGUGCUGUGCGAGUUCGAAGGUGACGAUUACAUAGUGCAACACUAAAAAACAUGAAAGACAAGGAACCACCGCAAAACAAACAUUGCACCCCGCCUUCACCUGCUUCUUAAAAAAAAAAUGUAAAGUUCAAUUGCUCCGACUGCCACGCUUCCUGUCUCGGAGAAACUGGAAGAAAGCUCGCAAGACUGACUGAACACAAGCGAGCGACGAGGAAAGCUGACGUCGACAAUCACAUUGCUGAACAUCAUCGAUUUACGAAACACACCACUGACUUGUGCUUUGCGCAAUGCCUAACCUACAGCACUAAUUUAUUUCAUCGACUAACUCAUCGACUAACUCUGGGCUAACUCUGGAAAGGUUGUGGCAAGGCUCAAAAAUUAAAUUGUCUCAAUUUUUCGAAGUUUCAAUCCGAAACUUUUUCUUCACGCGUCGGAUUUGGCAUGAAACCUAUUGGCUUCGUGAGCUUUUCUUCUGAGUAACGGUUUAAUGUCAUCUCCAUUUUUUUAAAUUAUGGAUAAUGCGCGGAUCCGGCUUGGUUCCUCAAGAUCAGUGUAGGAACUUUGUGCUUGUAACCGAUCUGGAAAAAAAAAAGGAUAAGAGACCAACGCUAUUAAGAUAAACGAGUCUUGGAACCUCUUUUGAGUCGGAUCCAAAGUGUGAAGAAAAAGUUCCGGGCUUCUCACGGUUUCAUUAUAAUCAUACCAUUUAUUUUUUUUCAAACAAAUGGUGAAUACAUGGUCACAUUUGAGUCGUCGUUGCUGCAGAAGUUUUGCCUCUCUCUUCGAGUCUUUGAUAUGCAAAAUCUCACGAUGCAAUUCCAAACUUUUGCACGCUUGGCUGAGAUAAACAACUCUUAAUUUAAAAUCUCUUCAGUCAUUUCACAUUUAAGCAUAUUACAGCAUUUUAUCGUGUAAUUUUCAUGAGUCAACUCUACUUCUCUUCGUAAAUAAUUAAAUAAUCAUCGUAUAAAGAAAACUUUUUAAAUGAAUAUCUAAUCCUGAGCAAUCAGAACAUGUCGGUACGUGUUUCUUUUUGGGAAAAAAUCCCAUAAAGACAAAUUCAAGGAUGAGGGGGCAGGAAUGUCGUGAACAUCACGUGCUUACACUGUGAGUCUGAGGGCUGACUUGGAAAACUUCCACAGAAAAACAGGUUUAUCAGAAUAGCUUUGUUCAUUUGACUAGAGGAUAAUUUUCAUCCCUUAUUUUUGAAAACAUGUGGUUUGUGAGAUGUGGCAAUGACAAUUGCAACAUAGGGAUUUUGGACAUCCGGGUGCGAGGAAAAAAAGGUUUGAUCUCAGCAGAAUGUGAUGAACUCAUUUGCUUGUUGAAUAGUUUUAACGUUUUUCUGUAUGACUUUAUUGAGUGGAGUGUUGUCAGGAAUCCAAACAUUGAAAGAAAUUGGAAAACAUCUAGAAGAAAUUUCUCGAUUACUCCAUAUAGAGAACGAUAAUUUAUUCAUCGCAGUAACUGCUUUUAUAAUAAUUCCCCAAAAUAUUGUGCCGUCGUAGUAAUUUGAUACUCAAACAUUUUGCUAAUAAUCAUAUAGUGGUUUAUCAACAAGCCAUGAUCAUCUCGCUCCUGAGCUCACUUACCACUUUUGUUUCAACUUCUCUUCCAGCGCCAGACACAAACCCCCUUUGAGAGCGAGAGGAUAUCGAUUUUAGAGGAGUCGUAGACAAAAUCGGCAAUAUAAAGAAAAUGGUUUUGCAGACUUUUCCCUUCCAAUUACAUUACGUAAGUCCAUGAAGUGGUGGAAAACUAUGGUUUACCACCUAUUUGACAUGGCUGUAAUCAAUGGCUUUAUCCUUUUCAAAGAGCAUCAGGCUCAGUUUCCUGACAAUGAAGCUCUAAAAAGGCCCUCUCAGUAUUCUUUGGGUGAUUUCUGGGAAGAAAUUGUUGGCAACUCUGUGGUUUACCCGAUUAUGGUAGUCCACCAGAGAAUACCAUGAUGAAAUCACCCCCUUCCACCCCAGAGGAAUUUACAACUGUCCAUAUCUUAGUUUUCUCUGAUACUCAGAGACGCUGUGUGGUAUGUUAUAAAGAGGGUAGGGGAGAUUUCAGGGUUCGAUCUUAUUGCAAUGCCCCUCAAUGUCAAAAGUGUAUGCAUGUUAGUAAGGGUUGGGAUUGUUUUGCAGUGUUUCACUCUAAGAAGUACCACAGGCAAAUUUUGCUGAUGUUUAUUCCAAUGUUUUCAGAUGUUGUGUUUCUCAAAAAUAUCAGAAAAAAAAAUACCUUUUUUUACCUUGUUGCUUUUAUCUUUGUCAGUGGGAAUAGUUGUGAUUUGGUCCUUGUUUUCUCAGGGAGGACUCUCAUUAGUUAGUAGGGAUGUUAAAAGGCAAAUUCAAUCACUCAGUAACACAUCAGGGCCUACCCAUCCUCCUGUUAUAAAGUCGAAUUUCCCAACAAAUUUUUUUUUUCCUGCUAAUUUUUUGGAAUGACAUGGGCGCACAUAAAAAUUCAUAAAAAAUUCAUUAUUUAUUCUUUUUCUUUCAGAUUUUCAGGAAAUGUUGCUGAAAAGGUAAUAAUUAACUUCUGCUAUCAAUUAAUCUUAAGUAACCUAUACCUGUGAGGAAAAGUGACUUUGACCUCAAGUUUUACACUAUGUCUUACUUAUUUUGUGUUUUAAAUUUUACUUUUUAGGAAAGUCCUGGGUUUCAAUGAUGAAUUUUUUUAAAAUGCGAGACAGCGAGGAAGCUUUGUAAAUAUUCGUAAAUAUUCGGGAAAGUUAAGCAAAAUAAUUGCGGUGCUAUUCAAUUCAUAAAGAAGGUUGAAAAUUGUUAUGACAAAUCCUUUGAUUCAGAGAUCUAUUAUCAAAGAUCAGUUAAAAAACCAUAAAUUCACAGCGCCUUCCUUUGCAUUUCUUCCGAAGAUCAGCCUUUCCAUCUCUUUUUAAAAUAUCAAUAAAUUAAUUAAAUUAAUAAUAUACAUGGAAAAAUUACUCAUUUCUGAUUGGUCAAGAUAAAUGCAGUUUUCAGGUAAUUCAGUGCAGAAGAGAGUUAAUUGAGUGCAGAAGAGGGUUAAUUCAGUGCAAAGAAAGAAACAAAUCAGACAUUCUGAUUGGUCAAUAAUCAAAGAAACUCACAGAUAGCCAAUCAAAUGCGAGCCUUGGAUGUCGCAACAAAAUUUGAAAAUUUGAAAAUUUGCGAGCGAAACAAUGGCCGGCGUUUUAAGUAGGUUUUGUUUCGCCACCGCAGCUGAAAAACAGCUUAAACAAUGAAAACAUUGUAAAAGGCACUGCUUUUUGGUUGUCGGUUUGGAAAAAGUGGUGUUUAGAAACGGGAAUUGCCGAAAAAAUCGAAAAUUACGAGCCGACCCGGCUUAACGCUUUGCUCGAGCGAUCCACCGCCGAAAUUAAAAACAAAUAUGCACGACGAUUCCAUUUCAUCAAAAGUGAUUCGGACACAGACUGAACAAUUCCUCGAACUGUUUAGCUGGACUUUUUUGCACCUUAAAGAUGCGAAGAUAUCAUUGCAUAUUAUUGUUUUGAUCGUACGCAGUUGUUUUGACCAAACGCACGGUUUGAAUAAAUUAUUUUUUGCACUCGAUGCGCGCGCUUUGCUUAUAUUUAAUUAUGAUAGACCAUCUCGUAUUUUUCCAUGUUAAUUUUUAACCGGUAAUCACAUGAUUUUUCUCGUGCAAUUUGGAAUAAACAAGCACUUGUUAAUUUUUUCAAAGACCACAAAUUUUGUUAGUCUUUGAAAAAAUUUACUCGUGCUUAUUUAUUCCCAAUUGCACUCGAAAUCAUGUGAUUACCUAGACAAAUUCACUUAAAUUGACAAAAACAUGGCUUCGUAACCUAAGCAGGUCUCAUUCGUUUUAUCGUUUCCGGGUGUUUCAGUUUGGACGAAUGAAGACGCUGGGAAAAUGAUGGUGUAGGCAAAAAUAUUUUGCUUGUUUCUCGUCGGUAUGCAAACGAAGGGGCUUUUGAAAAUGUAUUUGUGUGGUCAGGGCCUUAUAAGGAAGUAAAGUCAUUGAAGUGUGGCGUGAUGGUAAAUUAAUUCGGGAGUAAUUUAAGCAUAUGAAAAAAUAACCAUUAGAUCAGACGUUCGUGUCAUUUUCGGACCUGUUUUUGGACCUGUUUUUGGACCAAACAGCCAUUUUUUGGAGUCACUGAGUUGUAUAACAAUAAUUCAAUUGUUUUGCAAACAACUGCUUUCUGCUGGUGCGAUUUAUUCAUCUUAGAAACAUGUACCAUAACAUCGACAACAUUUUACUGUUGCUAUAGCAGUGUUUGAUCAAAACAAAACACCUCUUCUGGGGAAUUCCCUUUGCUAUCGAAGCGAAAUACAUCAACCAUAUAUAUAUAGCCAGAGGUCUGAUUGGUUCUGUCCGAACCUGAUGAGGAUAUUUACGCGGGUAUGCCAAAACAUUGAUCAGAGAAAAAGAAGGCUUCGAGCUGGUGAUUGCUUUGUACCAGGGCCGUGUUGAGUUCAGGUGAAAGGAUCGAGCGCCCACCACAAGGUUUGUCUCAUGUUUCUGCCUUUUGCUGCACUACGCUCACUUUCCACUUGAGUUUCUUCAUCUCUAAAGCGCCAAUCAGACACACACCCCCUUUCAGAGCGAGAGAAUAUCGAUUUUAGAGGUGCCGCAGACCAAAUUGGCAAUAUAAAGAAAAUGAUGGUGCAGGCUUUUUACUUCCGAAUGAUAAAGUUAUAUCUUUUUGUUUCCGUUCGUAAUGUAAGACGGUAGUCGGGUGGUCGGGAGAUAAUUUUGUAAUCUUGAUCUUCGUAGAAUGAUGGCUUCGAUAUAGAAGUAUUUCAUGAAAGACUGCCACUAAUUCGCCUAAACACCGAAACACAUCAUGUUCUACUGAUUUAUCUGUGAUAUGCAACCGAGAAGCUCAUAUUAGUUAUGAUUUUGUUUUAUUGUGCUUUAAGAGCGAGACAGUUACCCAUCAAAUUCGACGGAUCCGAUCGAACUAAUGUUAUUCAACAAAUUGACCACAAUUUUCCGUUGUCUCUAACCUUACUUAUCAUAGAAACGAUGUCUACAAUGUUUAAAACGAAAGUGAAACCACGAGGCGCAAGCGAGUGGUUUCACUGCAGAGUUGUUUCCAGAGUAUUUUUUCUCUUUCUACUUCUCUUCUAGCGCCAAUUAGACACAAACCCCCUUUCCUUUGCAUUUCUUCCGAAAAUCAGCCUUUUCGUCACUUUUGGACGUUGGCAUAGGCAAAAAUAUUUUCCUUCGUUCUCGCCAAUAUGCAAACGAAGAGGCUUUUGAAAACGUAUUAGUGUGGUUAGGAAGAAAAGUCAUUAAAUUAUCACGUGAAGGUAAAUUAAUUCGGGAGUAAUUUAAGCAUGUGAAAAAUAACGAUUAGAUCAGACGUUCGUGUCAUUUUUGGACCUGUUUAUACGUCGUAAUGGAAACUCUAUUAAUUAAAAGCGCACGUUUUGUUGAAAGGGCAUUUUGUCCGUAGAACUUGACAGUUGCGAUGCACAUGUAAAUGAGUGAAAGGCCUUCAAUCAAUUUAAUCUCAAUCUCUAGAGGGAAAUAAGAACAUUCAUCAAAUUAUUAUCUACUUAUUUUUUUUGUUAUUGUAAAAUGGAAUAUUUGUAUUGCGAUCUAUUUAUAUCCUGCCUCCGCUAUGGACCAAACAGCCAUUUUUUUCAGUCAUUGAGCUGUAUAACAAUAAUUCAACUGUUUUUGCAAACAAAGGUAUGUUAUAUUCAGCGCUACUUUACCACCUCAAUUCUUUUAAAAUUGGGUACGGUUUUUCAGCUUUGAAAUAUUUCUUGCAUUCUGUUUAUCAAAGAGCUGCUUCCUUUUGGAAGGCCAUCACUUUUUUUAAUCGAGAGGUUCGGGAAAUAAUUUUGUAAGCUUGAUCUUCGUAGACUGAUAGCUUUGAUAUACAAAAUUUUGUUAUGGAAGACUGCCACUUAUUUGCCUAAACACCGAAACACAAAAUGUUCUACAGAUUUAUCUAUGUAUAAUAAUAAGUUCAAGAAAUUUCCAUUUGAGAAUCCUGGAAUAAUAUGUCCCACUACUUAUAAAGUGACUUUUUGGAUCGAUCUACACGAGGUCUUAUUUCCGAGCUAAAUCUCUUUGAUGAGGCAGCCGGCAUAAGCCAAUAAUAAAGUAAAUAGUUUCGUAAACAACAUGUGCACGAGUGACUGUUCCCUGAAAGAUAUCUGAUAGGUUUCAUUUACAUAAAUCGUUGUGUUCUUGUAGCUUAUAUUGCGAUCCGUUUGAGUGAAAGACCUCGAAUCAGAAAAUUCGAAAUCGGCGGAGGAAAUAAGAUUGCUCACUACAUUUUUUAUCUACCACAUUUUUCUCGUAAAUGGAAUAACAGUUUUAUUAUUAUGGAUAACAUAAUCUGUGUGGCGAUUUCAACAGGUUUUAGAUUUCAACAUCAACUGUUCAUAUCAUUUUUUCUAAGAACGAAAGACGUAAAUGAAAUCCAGAAUUUUGAAGAUAGAAAUUGAAUGUUUUGCUACCCUACCUAAAACAGUGAUAUGUUCCUGAAUUAAGAAAGGGAAAGGGGUUGUUUUUUAAUAUUUUUUCAGAAUAAUAUGUUACGAGGUGUUUCUUAUUUCAAUUUGAUGAGGCAUACGUUCGUAGGAAUAAUUAAAUGGUACCAGAGCUAAUUUCUUUCGAAGAAACCUUCACUUAAUUCUUUAAGAAAGGGGAGGUUUUUAUUGAGAAAUGCUCAUAGGGAUAAUAGAAUGGUACCAGUGCUAAUUCCUUCAAAGACAUUCUCUCUUAAAAAACUGAUAAUCGAUAACCGGGAGAUGUACGAUUAAGAAAUUUCCAAACAGUGUUUGGGAGUCUUAUUUAAAAAGUUUCCCAUUAAUUAUAUGUAUACAAGAGAUCAUAUUCUAUUGUGUAUAACGUGACUUCUUGGAUAUACAUGAAAAGGUCCAAUUUUCGGGGUAAAUCCCUUUGAAAAAGCAGCUGGAAUAAGUCAAUGAAAAAGCAAAUAGUUUUGUAAAAAAAAAUGUGCACGAGGGACUCAUUUACAUAAUCAUUGUAAUCUUGAAAAGGUCAGGAUGUGAUCAAAACAAACUCACAUUCAUUACAGAGAAAGCCCUUGUCUUUACGAAUUGUGAUAUAUAUGAACCAAUCAAAUGGUUGAUUUGCGAAAUCCUGUAGUUCAGAGAAAUAUAUCUACCAUAAGUUCUCAAAAAAGAGUGAAUAUAGAUGACAAGCAGAUCUGCGUUACAGAGAUUGUUUGAGAAUUGUUGUUACUCAUUUUAUUAUCUUAUGGAAGGAGAAACUUAUUUUCUCUUAGAUUUAGAAGGGAAAAGCUCCUAGGUAAGGGGAAAUCUUUCAAAAAACAAGCGUAGUAAGUUAAUAACACGCUACACGCUGUGCAACCAUCAUUUCCAUAAGGGACUUUUUCCUAAAUGUCUGCCUUCAUUUACAUUCAAGUGGCAUUUGUGUUUAUGCGGGGAAAGUCAUGCCAUGAUAAAAAAACAAACAAACAAACAAAAAAACACUCCGAUCUUACCACACUACGUCAGUUACUGACUAACAUCAAAGACAGAGACGAACCGAGGAGCAGACAAGGAGCAGUAUAUAAGAUCAAUUGCUCCGACUGCCACGCCUCCUACAUCGGUGAGACUGGCAGAAACCUCACAACUAGACUGACUGAACACAAACGAGCGACGAGGAAAGCCGAUGUCAACAAUCACAUUGCUGAACAUCACCGACUUACGAACCGCACUAUUAACUAGGACUCUGCCCAAUGCUAACCUACAGCACCUACUACUUUCAACGACUGACCCUGGAAAGCUGGUUUACUAACUUGGAACAGACUCCACUCAACAGGUGCCAACCACUACCGGCACCAUACAAACGACUCAUCCACGACAUUAACAUUACAAACGUACCGAACAGAACGACCUAACUUCACAAACGGAUCCAAACCGACCAAUCACGACGACCUUCGCCACUUGAGUCUUACAGACAAUAACAUCACGGCAAAACUGAUCAAUCAGUGUACACAAACUGGACUAAGUACAUUCGACUGACAACAACCUUUCACUUGCCUCUGAUGAUGACUUCUGCUCAGAUUGUCGAAACGUCAGUCACCACUACCGACAAAAGUCCUUCUCAGGACUACACUCAACCGGACGAUAAAAUUACACUAUCACAUAUUUUCUCUUUCUUAAUUCAGAGUGAACUCUAGAAAGUAAGGAAGUUGUUUAAUCUCAAUUCCAGCAGGCCGGCUUUUAAGGAGUGAAACACUUGAGGCCACUCAUAAUAAGACACACCAGAAUAUUUGAAAACAAGUUGUAGGCGUGGGUAUUAGACUUAACUCGAUUGAAAGGUCAAUGCUUAAAUAACACAACACAAUGGAUUGAAACAGGAAUUAUCUUCAGAGAUUUUAGACCUCACGUAUCCUAUAAAAGCUAUUUCUUUCCUUCCGUUCAUUUUUUCUGAGAAAACAGUAAUUGCCCGCGAUAACGGGAGAUGUACGUUCAAGGAAUCAUUUGAGAAUUGUUGAAUUUUUGACUGGCCAUUUCUGAGCAUGCAUCGAACACAAAUCCACGAAAGCUUUUCUUUUUUUUUUUUCCUUUUUGUGGGUAGAUCCUUGUAAAACAGCACCAGAAAUAAGCCAAUAAAGGUCAAAACGCUCUGCAAACAUCAUGCGGACGAAGAAAAUUUUCCAGAUGGCUUGACAAGCCUUCGUUGUUCGGGAAAAGGAGUCAAGGCAAUUAUCUUUCUACAGGGACAGCCCCUUUUUUUAAUAAAACCUGUGAUAAGCAAACCCAUCAAAUGAUUUUUCGUCAGUGUAGCACUCUUUAGCGAGGAUAAUUCUAAGUAAAUGAAUUUUGUUAGCUGAAUUACAAUUUUAUACCUUCUUGAGCGGCACGGUUUGUUCGAAGAAAUGUUUUUUCACUAGGCAAGUUGACGCACCCAACUAAUUUUCUGUGUAGCUGUAUCUACACAAUUUUGUCAUUCCCAGUUUUCCUUAAUGUAACAAUUUUGAUUCCCUUUGCCUGACCUUACUCUGCAGGAAUACGAAUCGUGCAACUAAGAAUGGGGGAAUUCCUCAGUGAGUUGGCCAAUGUUGUCAUUGACCUGAGCGUCGAUCAGUCACACUCGGACAUGAAAGACGCCGAAAAGUUAAACGAUAAUGCAGAAGUUAUGUUUCGCAAAGUAAAGGAAGCAGUCCAAAGUCUCCGUGCAGCGGCUGAUAAACUUGACGAAGCGUGGAGUGAUGGCAAGAUAACUCGUAUAGGUGGAACUUCCGUUGGUGUAGUGGGAGGAGUCCUCACCAUCAUCGGAGGAGUUGCAACGAUUAUGACGCUAGGGGCUGCUACACCCUUGUUAGUUACAGGAAUAAGCUUUGGCGUCAUCGGAGCUGGUACAAACAUAGCGGGAAAUAUUAAAGAGUCACUCAUCAACUAGAGAAUGUUAAUGGGACCAUCAACGAGUUGUUGGAUCACAAAGAUAUACCCAGACUGCGCAACAUUUGCAAGCUGGCUGAGGCUAAUAAUUGGGGCAAGCCAGUGUGCAAGCUCUUCUGUAUGAUUUUGCUUGCCGCCGAAGAGGCUUAUAAAGAAAGCUUGGCCUUUGCAGGACCGGCAGCCAAAUUCGUUGCCUCAGAAGCUGGUAACGCGGGUAUAAAAGCGACUGGGAUAGCUGGUGCAAAGUCUGCUGGCAACGCUGGUGCAAAGUCUGCUGGCAACGCUGGUGCAAAGUCUGCUGGCAACGCUGGUGCAAAGUCUGCUGGCAACGCUGGUGCAAAGUCUGCUGGCAACGCUGGUGCAAAGUCUGCUGGCAACGCUGGUGCAAAGUCUGCUGGCAAGGCUGGUGCAAAGUCUGCUGGCAAGGCUAGUGCAAAAGCAGCUGGGAAGGCUGCUGCAAAAGCAGCUGGGAAGGCAAGUGCAGGAGCCGCCGAUGAUGUCUUACAAGCUGGAAUCAAAGCAGGAGGCAAACUUGCUGGUGGCUUGAUCAUUGGAAUCAGCACUGUAUUUCUGACAUGGGAUAUUAUCAAUCUUGGCUUCACUAUCAGAGAUCUCGUGGAAAAGAAAGGAUCAGACGCCGCCAAAGAAUUGAAGCAGAAAGCGGAGAUUCUUGAGAAUAUUAUGAAGAAAUAUGAGGAAGAAGGAUUGAUCUAAAUUGGGUCAAUGGACCAUGAAAACGUAGCCAUGUAGAACAAGCACAAUUGACAUGAACACUGAACCUUAAAAAAAACUUCCUCUAGCUUCUUUUUUAAACUUUUGUGGAAAACUUUAGUACCUUCUGCGCAAUAAAGUAAAGGUUUGUUUGAUCGAGGCACCGAUAGAAAUAUUAUUCGUAUAUUCCUAAGCACAGUCCAAUUGUUGAACCUGUUAAAAGACAAAAUAAACAUCGAGCAAGAAUUUUCAUUAUAAGUGUUUUUUGACGUAAUUAAACUUUGAAAUUGAAUGGAAAUAAUAUAUUGCCAUUUGCCAUUCAGUAAAAAUGAUAAUAAACCAGUUGAUCAUUUCUUAUUCCUUUUGGCGGUCUAUCUUACAGGUAUAAUUUAGCACGCUCGACACCUUUUCUUCUUUGAGGUGACUUAUGGUGUAGACAUGUAGUACUCAUCCUCUGCACUGAAUCUAUAAUCAGGUAAUUUACACGAAUAGCACGUAGCUCUUUUUGGGGGGGGGUACCUUGGGUACGCCCUUGCCUCUCCGAAUUUUCUCUUUAUUCUGCUGUUAUGCAACAGUCUUCAAGGACUAUUUUCUCUUUAGAUAUAUUUUUAAGUAUAAUUUUAAUUCUGUUAGUAAGUUUAUUAUAAUUUUUCUAUCGUCAAUAUUGUUUUCUUUUUUCCCGAACGUAACCGUAAGACAAAGAAAUUUAAGGUAGAAAGUCAUUUUGUAAAGCGUAAACAUCGCGAAGGUACCUACUUAAUAUGCAAACUCCGCUUUUCGUAGCUUAGCGUGAUUCACUAGUUAAGUGUAAAAGCAUGACGAAGGUUAGAGAUUGACAGCUCAGUAAGCGUCACUUUUAUAAGCGGUGACCACCACUUUCCUUGAGAGUUUAGAGCUAGUCCCGAGGUAAUAAGUUGUAUGUAAGAGGGAGAAGAAUAAAGAAACCUUCAACUGGUUCAAGAUAGUUAGAAAAAACAUCACAAACCAUACUAUUUACCUCGAAUUUCUCCGAGAUUACAGCUGUUGAAGAAAGUAUCAGUCAAUCGAAAUCGCCGUGAAAUUCGGAAGGAACCUCUAUUCCGUAGAUGAAAUGUAGCAAACGCACAGAGGAACCUGGGAAAUGACUUAAAAUGGUUUGAAAUUGAACCUUUUUUUUCAAACGGUUGUAGUGACGAGAAUAUCCUAGAUACAAUUUGUUUAAAUCACUGCAGUAAGCCUCAAGGUUCGAUCGACCCUUAAUAUAGAUAUAUAGAUAUAUGCACUCGCACGUCCAAGUAACAGAAAGUGUCAAUAUCUUCGGGAAUCAAGCAGUAAUCGAAAAGGUCACGACGUCAAUAAGCUUCAGUCAGAAAAAACUAUUAAAUUGGUUGUGUCACAGUUUUCUUUUAAAACUCCACGCUGUUAUGCCGGUGUAAUCAUGCAUGAUUUGGCUAUAGUGGUACCGGUCACACAACUCCUCGAUAAUUAUUUUACUAUAAGGGCGUCACGCGUCACGGCAAACCUCUUUGUUUUGUUACCUCCUCGGGUGGUAUAGAGACUCAUACCGAUGAUAUAUUCGUAUUAUGUCCUUGCUUUGAUAAUCAGCCAAUUUCAAGCACACUCCAGAAUUUAAGUGUUGAGUAAGAUAUAGUCAUGAGCAAAGAUGUUUUUGCGUCAUGUCACGGGCAUAGGUCGGAAAAAAAUUAAAGAUUUCGUAUUCCGCACACCGAUGCGCUAUCACUAAGCUACAUUGACUAUACGGUAAGCUAAGCCAUUGUUUUUUUCCGAGUAUAUUAUUAAUUCGACAUUUGCACUCGAAACACAUUUGAGUUCUCUCCUUCUGUGAUUUCUUGCUUCUAACCACUAGCGCAUUAAUUCCAGUUCUUGCCGUGACACUACAGAAGACAAUAGAAUUAAGAUUGCCAUUUCAGGAUUGCGCGUGAUUGACAACAAAGCUUUUCCUUGCAGAAAUAUCUGAAUAGGUCUUGAAUACCUCUAGGAAAAGUUUUCAGUUCCACGAACUGAUAUCCAAAUUUUUAUUUUUUUCCUAGAAGAACUUUGAAGGUUGCAUUCAAAAAGCUGUUCGUAGAAAAGUCGGGGCAUGAUACUUAUAUCGAUCAAAACAAACUAUUGAGUGUUUACUGGGAAAGCCCCUUUUCGAUGAAUUCUACGAUAAGGAACCAAUCAAAUGGUUUGUCUCUAUAACACUAUCGUAUUCAGAAAUCUAAUUAAAUGACCGCAAUGUACGGAGUAAAUGACCAUUACAGUGGUACCUUCUCUAACGACGUUUACUCUCAUACGAAGAAACUGUGGCAUAGCCAAAUCUCUAGGUUAGUAAUAUGUUUCUUCAUUUUUUAUAGCUAAAUUAGCUCUUCAAAUUUACGGCAUUUUAACGUCUAAUCCUCUGCUCCGAGUAACGCGCGAUCCAAAAAUCUGAUCUACUUACAUUCAGUUGGUGAGUUCGGUUGUUUAAAUAAUAUUGUCGUUAUUCGACGCUAGUUUACCACCUUCCUUCGAUACCUUCAUGUCUGAUCAAUCUUCUAAAUCUGAACUGUUUUUUUUUUUUUUUUUUUUUAACUGAGAAAAGUGUCCUGUGAUCUCCAUGUAAUAAUCAUUCGAUCAUCGACUCUCAUUGAUAACUUUUUCGGAACUGAUCUAUUAUCGUCAUGAAAUAACUGUCGGUCUUACCCUUAUAGAGAUCAGUUCGAAAAAUGUUUCUAAACUAGUUCCCAACCAUCCAAGUUAGCACAGUGUUGCACCACGAAUGGAUAUUUCUCUGUGGUUCCGCAGAGAAAAUUCAUUUUGUGACUGAAUUGUGUCUGUGAAAACUGUAGAUAUUGUUUAUCGGCUGAUAUAAUUUUAAAAAAUGUUUUGAGAAUUUUUGACACUUGAUUGUUCCUUCAAUUACGGAGUUACUUGCAUGCAUCCAAUGUGAACCAGCAAUAGCCAACGAUGAAUAAUUUUUUUCCGAAAUCAAAUAGGAGAUACUUCGUUUUCAGGGAAAACGACAUACACACGAGGGACUCUUUCUUAGAAGAAAUCUUAUAUGUUUCAUUUACAACGCCGUCGUAUUCUUGAAAAGGUCAGGGCACGAUGAGGACAAACGCUUUAUUAACUGCACAAAUUAAAGGGAAAGCUGUGUUUCUACCGUGACAGGGUAGGGAGCAACCAUUAGAGUUACUUACUCCUUUGCGAAGUUUAAUGCUAAACUUAAGAACAAUGUGCAAAUCUAAAUGGAAAUAAUGAAAAUAAUAAAUAGCAAAAGAGACUGCAAACAAGAAAUUUCAUCAGAAGUAUCAAAGGUCUUUUGAAGUUUUCCUUCCAUUUUCCGAAAACUAGCAUGAUUUUUGUAACGUGGAUUUCUCAGAAAGAGCUUUGAGCAAAAUACUUGUAUUUCACAUCAAACGCAUUAGGUUUAAGUGUUCUUUCAAAUUUAUUUUGCAAAGGAAGACUGUGAAAGAUUAACAGUUUCUUUUAGCAUUACAUCUGAUGGUUAUAUCAGUAAAUGACUUCCCGUAACCGUGAGUUUCAACCGCUUCUUUUGGCAUCCACGGCUUUUAAAUGGUGAUAAAUAAUUUGAAAUUGCACUAGAUAAUUUCACGGGCUCGAUAGAUAAAAGCAAUUACUUUGCUUUUGUAUGAGGGAGGACUAGCUAAGCUUCAAGAUCAGAGAUCUCGAGGAAAACAAAGGAAUAGACGCCGCCAAAUAUCUUCGACGAAAAGCAGGAGCUAAAGAAUAUUAUUAAGAAAUUAGAGAAUGAAGGAUCCAUCCAAAUUGAUUCAAUGAAUAAAAAAACUUAGCAAUGAAGGGCAACCAUGAAAGAUAAGCUUCGAAAAGUUGAACAUGCUAUAGCUUUGCUUUUUAUUUACCACGGAUGAUAUCAGUGUGGAAAUUUCCAAUAGCCUUGCACAGUGAGAUAGAAACCUGCUAAAGCCAAAGACAAAGAUAUCUUAUCGUUCUUCAGAGUCCAAUCUUUGAGCCGUACGUUCUGCAGCUAAUGUUGUAUUUUAAUCCUUUAGAAUAAAAAGUUUGCAUUGACAUAAGUUUUCAGGUCAUUUUUAUGUUUGACACGGGGAUACUGGCGAUGCAUAAAAUUACAACUGAUUAGGAAAAAUAUAUCGCCGUCAGUAAAGUUUAAGAGGGAUUUCUGUUUCCAUCAUAAUCUCAGCUAAAUUCAGUAAUUUAGGAAUACAAAUAGAAGAGGCUAGAAAAUGAUCCACUCUUCCAAAUGUUGGGAAAAUUAAGUGAAAACAAAUUUUUGUCGAGAGCAAAACGUUGCUACUCGUUAAUUACAACACAAAGCAAUUGUAAGAUACCAAACAAAGCUUACAAACAUUAACAAAAACGCGCAACAACAAGGACGAUAACAGCAUGCUAAUGCCUUACAUAUUUGCCGUGUGAGAGUGCUGUUCAGAAAAUUGUCUUUGAUAACGCAACAGCAAGGAAAAUGACAGCAUACUUACCAUAUGGGAGUUCUGUUCGGAAAUUAUCUUUGAUAAUAUUUCACUUAGACAGACUUUAGGAGUUUAAUUUUCUUUAUGUGUUUCCACGGGGAGACUGAUCCAUAGAUGGGCGCCAUUAUAACUAAACCUACGCUUUACGUGGUCAGUUCUUGGUAUGGGAAGGGAUAUUAUAAAAUUAAUUUUGCCUUUGUGGUUAUCGUAACUCAAAGUUCCCGGAAUUUUAAAUACCUUACACUUUAGGUAGCCAGUUCUUGGUACAGGAAGGGACCAUAUGAAAUUUUGCCUUUGUGUCAAAGACAUCGUAACUCGAAAAUAUCUGCGUUUUAACUAAAACUACGCUGUAGUCAGUUCUUGAUAUGGGAAGGAACAGCAUGAAAUUUUAACUUUGUGUCAAGGACAUCGUAACUCGAAAUUCCCGGAAUUUUAACUAAAACUGCGCUUUAAAUAGUCAGUUCUUGGUAUUGAAAGGGGAGAUGAAAUUUUGCCUUUGUGUUGUGAACAUUGUAACUCAGUGUUCCCGGAAUUUUAACUAGAACUAAGCUUUACGUUGUCAGUUCUUGACAUGGAAAGGGACAACAUGAAAUUUUGCAUUUUUGUCAUAGACAUCGUAACUCGAAAAUCCCGGCAUUUUGACUUAAGCUAAACUUUAGGUAGUCAGUUCUUCGUUUGGGAAUGGAUAACAUGAAACAUGUUUAGCCUUUAUGUCGAAGACAUCGUAACUCCCAAUUCCCGGAAUUUUAACUUAAACUAAGCUCUAGGUAGUCAAUUCUUGGUAUUGGAUGGGGCAAUGUGAAAUUUUGCCUUUGUGUUGUAGACAUUGUGACUAGAAAUUCUCGGCAUUUUAACUAAAAAUUACGCUUUAGGUAGUCAAUUCUUGAUUUGGGAAGGGAAGUUAUGAAGUUUUGCCUUUGUGGACAUCGUAACUCGAAAUUCCCGGAACGUUAACUAAAACUGCGCUUUAGGUAGUUACUCUUGGUAUUGGAAGGGGAGAUGAAAUUUUGCCUUUGUGUUUUGAACAUUGUAAUUCGGUGUUCCCGGAAUUUUAACUAGAACUAAGCUUUGGGUGGUCAAUUCUUGGUAUCGGAAGGGACAAUAUGAAAUUUUGCCUUUGUGUUGUGGACAUUGUAACUCGAAUAUCUCGACAUUUUAACUAAAAUUACGCUUUACUAGGUGGUCAGUUCUUGAUAUGGUGAGGGAAAUUAUGAAAUUUUGCCUUUGUGGACAUCGUCAAUCGAAAUUCCCGGAACGUUAACUAAAACGGCGCUCUAGGUAGUCAAGUCUUGGUAUUGGGAGGGACGAUACGAAAUUUUUGCCUUUGUGUCGUGGACAUUGUAACUCAGAGAUCCCGCAAUUGUAACUAAAACUAAGCUUUAGGUAGUCAGUUCUUGGUAUGGGAAGGAACAACAUGAAAUUAUGCUUUUGUGUUGAAGAUAUCUUUUUGUAUAUCAGUGGCUUGUGCAUGGAAAUUAAUGGCCUGUCUCGCUUAAGUGCAUACAACGAAACAUGACGAGGCUGUUUUACAAAUCUCAUGCACUUAGGCCUCCUUUCACGAGAGUUUUCCACCGAUGUCAAUCUUUCUCCAGUUGGUUUGGUUCAUUUAGAUGUCAUCUACAUUAUUGUUUUAAAGAUUGUAAUUUUUUCCUUGAGGCAAUCGCCAGAAACUCUGUUUUGGCGGUACAGAUACCUAACCUUUUAGCUUUAAGAUUAAGAUCAACAUGCUUCCAUUUAUUAUUGACUUGAGUCUCAGGAUAAGCUAGUUAGAGCCAGUAACAUUAGUGUGGUUGGCAUUCAUUCGGUGGUGAGAGCUCAUAUUUUAGCAAUUUAGUGGUUCAUUUAGGCGGAUCAGGGAGAAAGGGGGCCGGUUAAAAUUAUUCACUUUUGGGGAACAGUUUAGGCGGCCCAAGGUAGAAAGGAGGUUGUUUACAUUGCAUCUUUGAACACGAUUCCAGAUCAUCUUGCUCAAGGCAGGAACAACAUAUACAUUUGUUUGAGCGGUUCCCCUCUAAACGAACUUCUUAAGGAUGAUACUCAAUAGUUCCCCCAAAGUUUUUUUUUUUUUUAAUUGACGGGGGGCGCUGUGAAACAUCCUGUAGAAUUUCUUAGAAGGAGAGCAGAUUAGGAGCAAUGGACAAAAAAUCGUUUUCUGAGGGCGUAAUCAAGAAAUUUUUCCGAUAUUUACAAAACUGGUAAAGCUAAGUUUUAGUCUGGUCUAAAAUAGGAUUGCAAAAUGCUUACGAAUACUCAAGCGGGUCUAGUGUUGUAGUCGCAAAUCCACAAUUUAUUCAAAAACUCUAACAAUCGAGAUCAGGUCAGACCACAUACACUUCUUAACCUUUGCACGAUUCGCUAAAUGGAAAAUAUACGAGCGAAUAAGUAAAUCUUGGAAUUUCCAACACUGAACUGUCUCUUCAUCCGACUAAAGAACUCACAAUAUGUAGGAGCUUUUGUAAAUCCGCAGUCAAACUAAUGGAAACAACUACAAACAUGGCAACUCAUUCUCUUCGUGUUCGCUCUAAGACCGCUGUGCCUUUUGGGAGGCACAUGCUUCCCAACACUAGAAUAAGAAAUCGUCUAACAAAUGAAAAUAUUAAAUAAAAAUGGUAACAACAAGUGUAUGUGUAACAACAAUGGUAACAACAAGUGCCCCCUCCCUUAGAAAAUUAGCAGCGAAACAUUUCAAAGGGGAAAUGGUUAAUAAUAGGCGCUGAAACAAACAGAGAUGAAGCCUUGACCUUAUGAGUAUCACGUGCACAGAAGCCUUCUUUAUUCGUAUAACCAGGUCUGAAAUACCACAAUCAAGACUUUGGCAGAAUCAUAGCAUAGGGUGGUAUCGAGCAAACCCCAGCCUUUUUGGUGCAAAGCUUAUCGACACUCGGCAAAAAUCUAUGAACGACAAACAUUACACAAAAGAGACUUUGGACUUUCACAUUCAGCCUGCUAAAGCUGCUUUUUAUUGGUUGGCCUUUUUCCAGAGUUAUCCAGGAAUUUCACUGUUCGUAUUUCCACGAAUUGAAACUAAAAAUGCGAACCAAUCAAAUAAGCUUGUCUGUGAUUAAACAGUAUACUUUACAGAAAUCUGGUUGGUUCUGCAGAGGAGGCUCAGUGACACGUAUGCAGAGGAGGCUUAGUGACACGUAUGCAGAGGAGGCUUAGUUACAUGUAAGCAAUUUGAUUUCACUGCAUUCGUGGAUCAGAGUUGCGGAGUUUUCCACCAAGCGGUUAACGAACUUGCAGGAAACAGGUAAGGUGAAGCGGACCCGAUAAAUAACAAGGUUUUAAUUUGUUUUUACUGAAGUUAGAUUUCUAAGUCAGCCGAUACUGUCGAAGCUUAAUCUGUCAUUAGAUCGGAGUAUAUUCGCGAGAAGAUAAAUGGCAAACUUUUCCUUCUCGAACUCGCCGGAAAUUGACGGAUCUUGGUCAACUUCGUCCGACUCAUUUUUUAAUUCAAAUAGUUUCUACUCUUCCCAAAUUCAUUAUCAUUACGGAUUUCAUUGCAGUCAUAGAUCAGUGUUGCGGUAACUCGGACUGAGUUAAGCAGGAUCUUUCGCAUCACAAGGUAAGCCUUGAUUUUGUGCCCUUUUUUUCAUUCUGUUAGUAAUACUGAACAGGCUUAAUUCAUAAUCGUAUCGAAAGAGAAAUAUGUACAUAGAAGAAGACCAUAUAAAGAGAGGUAACCGACAAAGGUACUUCCGUCUAAACUCAGCGAUUGGUGAAUGCAAGAGAAGUUUAAUCUAAUCCUCCGAGUAAAGGGUUUAUCUCGGUGGAAUGUGACGAGCUUGUUUACUUGUGGAAUAGUUUUAUCUUUUCUACAUCGAAAGUUGUUUUUACAGGAAUUCAAAUAUUGAAAAUAAUAGUUGGUAAAUCUUGGUCAACAUUGUCUAAUUCAUUUUUCAAGUAGCUAUAUAUUGUGCUUUUUCCUGUCGAAUUCAUUUCACUAACUUAUUUUAUUGCAGUCAUCCGCGGAUCACUGUUGCGGUAACUCUUAAGCUGACGGCAUCGUAAACAGUUGACUUCGGUAGAACAGUAUCUUAUACUUCAAAAGGUUAGUCUUUCAAUCUUUUACUCAUAGCUUUUUAAUUCUGGUAGUAAAACUGAAUUCGAGCAUGCUGUGCUAAAUCUAUUUUCACAUCAAAAUAGACACUGUUCAUCGAAAGUAUGCAAAGCGAGUGAACUGACAAAAGUAUUUAAAUUGCAUCUCAGUAAAUCUUGGCGAUUGGUGAAUACGGAAACAUUCAGAUCUAUCCUCAGGAAAAUGGUUUGAUCUCAGCGAAAUGUGACGAACUCAUUUGCUUGCUGAAUAGAUUUUACCUUUUUCUAUCGAAUAAUGUGUUGACAGGAAUCCAAAUAUUGAAAGGAAUUGAAAAACAUCUAAGAGAAAUUUCUCGAUUAUAUACUUCCAUGUAAACAACGGUAAAUUAUUCAUCGCAGUAACUGUUUAUAAAAUAAUUCCCCAAAAUAUUGUGCCACUAUGGCCAUUACUCGUUUCUUAGAACUGUCUUAGUAAUUAACUUUUCAAACAUUUUGCUAAUGAUGAUAGUUGUAUGACAACAAGCCAUGAUCAUCUCACACCUGAGCUGCAAUUUUAGCACGGGAUUCGAACUCUUGCUUUCCACUGAAAUACUAAUUGAGCACUAUUAUCAUCUGAGCUGAAAAUUUUAAAUUUCAAAAUUUUGACAAGCUUGCCCCUCGUAACAUACCGCAUGCAGCAAGAAAUUGUUUGUUUCUAAAUUUUGAGAUAUCUCAGGGGUUUGGAAAGCAUUUCAAUUUUGAUAUGUGUUUAUUCGGAGGUUUGACAUAAUUUAUUUAAAAACACUCGUCAAAAGCACUAUUUUUGAGUCCAGGCCAUACCACUAAAAACUCCGCUUGAUAUAUUCGAAUAAUAAGGUAUUUGAAAUCGUUAAAAUAUAAAAAUGUCUAGCACCUGUGAUGUUUUGAAUGGAUUUCAAAACAAGAUGCAAACGAUUAACAACGAUUUAAUAAACAGUUGUAAGAAGACGUGUUACAGCAUCGGUGGACGCCAUGGUCAUUCUGCUACAUAUAUCCCAUAGUUCCUAGCGAACAUCCGGUAUCGAUAACUUCCGGUUUACAUGAACAUUACAGCACCCAUUAAAUUUCUUCGCCGCAGUAACUUUCAGAUUGUAGUGUGUUCUCACGUAGAUUGCGUGAGUGAGUCAUUGGUCACGGUGUCUUUCAGAGUGUGCUGUUAUCGCCGGUUACGCUAUAUAAAAUACCGUAGUUUGGUUAUGAAAUGUUGAUUAGAUUUUAAUGGCUCAAGCUCUCUAAACUAAAAUAUAAAACAACAGAAUUAAAUUUUUUAAAAAGCGUUUACCAUUAAAACGUUGAACACUAUGAUAUUUAAUCUGUAGUUGUUCACCUCUUUCGUCGCGAGACAAGGAUUUGCCGGAUUUUAGCCGUUUAAUCAAAAUGUUAAGAGUGUCAAUGACUGAUCAAUCAGUGUGUUCUAAGAGCUCUGUCCCGCUAUCUUUCAACCUAAAAUGGUUAAAAUCUAAGAUUUAUGAAAUUACUAAUGUAAGGUAGUCAGAGUUUGCUCAGCAUACUGAUUUGCAUAAUUCGGCUGCCCGCUAGCAAAUUCACCAAACGUUUGAAGUCACCACGGUAAAGGAAAUUAAUAAGUGCCAGAUAUUUUUUAUUUUUAUGCUUUCAAACAUCUUACUAGAAAAUAUCAAACGGAGUUUUCAAUGGUAUGGUCUGGACUUAAGAAAUAUCACCCAAGAAAAAAGAGUACUUUUGACGAAUGUUUUUAAAUAAAUUAUGGCGUACCCGUGAGUUAACACAUAUCAGAAUUACAAAAUGUUUUCCAAACCCCUGAAUUUUCACACAAUUUAGGGAUAAAAACCAUUUCUUGCUGCAUGCGGUGAGGUUGUCAAUUUUGCAAUUUUCCAUUUUCCAUGGUGGAGGUCAAAAUUGGGCUUUAUGCAGCUUGAUUAUUGUGAGCUCUAAAAUUUCUAUUUUAACUAUUCCCAGAAACCAAUGUGGUUUUACUUCCUCACUACCAAAGAUAGUUUGAUGGGCAAAGUUUGAGGCAAAACUUUGUUCCGAUGCGAAAUGCCCGGGACAGCUCUUACAGAAAUCGCCACUUAAAUAGGCUAAUGCCGCGCGGAGAUUGAAACUAUUGAAAGCGCUGAAAGACGUUGUAAUACUCACCAAGAAGCCCUUUCCCUAAGUAGAGGGGGAGGUCAAUAUACUCUAAUCUACAAACGAAAAUGAUAGUCUUCUCCUUUGGACGUCUUAGAAGUACAUUUCCAACCUCAAGGUAAAAAUUCAAAGACAAGCCACCAAAAAUGAGGAGGGGGAUAGAUACUAUUAACGUUUAAGGCUAAUUUUUUAAAACACCAUUUGCAAGGACAGAAGAGAUUUGCUCUUCCUUCCCCUGGCAAUAAUUUGAACAAAAAUGUGUCCAUUCAGUAACGCACAGAAAUGGCUUGCGAUAUUAACAAUGAACGACUAGGUCAUCUUUCCCUCACAGCGUGUAAACUAAAAGUCUGAAUAUUUAAUUGUAGAGAGAACGCCUGAGAAUGGAGCUUGAGCUAGAGAAAAUCAUUAGCAAGUUCAACCUUUUGCCCGAAGAUGAAAAGCAGCAAGAUAGGAGAGAUUUAAAAGAGCUUCAAGAGAAAAUAGAGAGGAUGAAUUCCAACGCGAAAGAGACUGCUGAGAGUCUUCGUACAGCGGCUAAGAAACUAGACAACGUGUGGAGGGACUGCAAGACAGCACAUGCUGUUGGAACCAGCUUUGGAAUAGUGGGAGGCCUUCUUUCAAUCGGUGGAGGAAUUGCAACAUUGAUGACAGCAGGGACUGCUACUCCCUUGUUAGUAGCGGGAUUGUCUCUUGGAGGCGCGGGAGCUACUACAAACAUAGGGGCAGCCGCCGUCGAGUCUCAUAUAAACUCAGCUGAAAUCAAAAAGGCAGAAAAACAAUUGGCGAAGACUAGGGAAAGUAUAAACGAGGUAAACAGGUUUGUCCAGGAGGUUUUGAUUGCGAAAGAAAGAGCAAGGCUCAUAUAUAUUUAUUACCUUGCCGAAACCCAGCAGUUGGGAGGUCCUGUGGUCUUAAAGAUCCUUCGUGAGCUGGUGUUUUUCGUCGGAGGAACACCUACUAAAAUGGUGAUACAAGUAGCAGAAACUGCAAUGGCCUGUGCACAGACAGUGACUCAGGCUAGUGCGAAAGCUGCAACCCAAGGAGGUGCUCAAGGAGCGGGAAAGGCAGCUGCGCAAUCUGUUGACGAUGUGGUACGAGCAACGGGUCAGGCUGGAGCACAAGCUGCUGAUGACGUAGUCCAAGCAGGGGCUAAAGCGAGCACCAAGGCAGCCAGUAAGACAGUCGGUAAAGUCGUCAUUGUGGUCAAUGUUGCAUUUGUGGUGUGGGAUGCCAUAGACCUUGGCUUCACCAUCAGGGAUCUCGUCGAAAACAAGGGAUCUGAAGCUGCAAAAGUUCUGAGACAAAAGGCAGACAAACUCGAGAGUGCCAUGAAGCAGUAA